AUGUCAAGGUUCGAAGAAACCGGAAAGACGACCACUGAUACGAUAUCAUCGGUACCGUCGAAUGACAUCGAGAAAACUUUCGACACUAAGGAUGUCGUUGGAAUAUCAACUGACGCCGUCUAUGAAGUUGACCGAGCCGCAGAGCGACGUCUUGUAUGGCGAAUGGACAUCCGCAUUCUCCCGGCCUCGAUGUUCAUAUAUGUUCUGAAUUUCCUUGCGAGAGCGAACAUAGGAAAUGCCAAAAUUCUGAAUGAAAACACGGGAAACUCGCUCGACCAAACGCUUCAAAUCACGGACCAUCAAUACACUGUCGCCUUGAUGGUCUUCCUCAUAGCCUACAUGAUCUUCCAAAUCCCAUCCAAUUACUUGCUGAAGAGAUGCUACCCUUCACGAUGGAUUGCAUUCCUAAUGUUCGGAUGGGGGCUGAUGACUCUAUGCCUUGGGUUCGUCAAAAACUUCAGUCAGCUCACCGCAGUUCGAUUCCUACUUGGUGCAUUCGAAGCGGGACUUUUCCCGGGCCUCAUAUACUUCCUGACAUUUUGGUACAAACCUCGUGAGCGCGCCGUUCGAAUCGCCCUCAUCGCAGCCUGCGCUACCCUCGGCGGAGGUUUCUCUGGUGUUAUAGCCUUUUGUGUGGGUCUUCUCAACAAGUCGAGAGGCCUCGAAGGCUGGCGCCUCCUCUUCAUAAUCGAGGGCGUACCUUCCUGUUUCGUCGCCUUUUUCGUCUGGUUUUUCUUCCCCGACUAUCCCGAGACUGCACGCUGGCUCUCUCCGAAAGACAAGGAGCUCGCAGUCAAUCGAAUCAAGGGAGAGGUAUCUCUUGGUCAUGCGAAAAUUACGUGGGAUGAAUCGAGAAGGACGUUAUUGGAUUGGAGGCUCUAUCUACACUACCUCGCCUUCGUCGCGAUCUCCAUCCCGUUCUCAAGCUUUCAGUUGUUUGCCCCGACGAUCGUCGCCGGACUCGGCUUCGAGAACCUCAGGGCGCAGCUGUUCACAGUUCCACCGUAUGCUAUUGCCUUUGUCUCGACGGUGAUCACAUCACGCCUAGCCGAUAAAUAUGAGAUGUGGUCCUGGGGAUCGUUCGUACCCAUGGCCUUGUCGGGCAUAAGUUUCCUUGUCUUAGGACUACUUCCAACUAUGGACUUCAAAGCUCGAUACGGGAUGCUCUGCAUGGCCGCGUCCUGGGCUUACGCCUGUAACCCCUCCCUGCUCAGCUGGCUUACCGCUAAUCUCAAGAGCACGACUGCCACGUCACUCAGCGUAGCGCUCAAUGUGACUCUCGGUACUCUUGGGCAAAUAAUCGGCGUCUACAUAUACAAGACGGACGAAGCGCCGACUUUUCCUACAGGCCACUUCACCAACGCGGCUGCACUUCUAUUUGCAGCGGCGCUAGUCCUGUGGCUCCGUGUGGUUUACAUUAGGCGAAACCGUGUACUUCCACUUGGAGAGGGGUUGUGGAGGUUAUAG